GUAUAUCCGCGUCUCGAGAUCAACGAGCUGCAGAAGAAUAAAGACCAGUUCAAUCUAUUCAUCCUUGCUCUGCAGGCGUGGCAGGACGAGUCGCAGGACAGACACACGAGCUCUUCAUACUACGGCGUGUCCAAGAUUCAUGGUGUACCAUUCGGGCCUUUCAACGGUGAUCCUGAGGACCUUGACAAUACAAACCAACAUGGAUACUGCACACACAACAGCAUUCUUUUCCCUACGUGGCAUCGUGUCUACCUCGCCAUGUACGAGCAGCAGCUGUUGGCGCGUGCGUUCCUAAUUGCCAACAAGUUCACCGGCGACAAGAAGACUGCCAUGCUGACUGCUGCUACGCAGCUUCGCAUCCCUUAUUGGGAUUGGGCGGCCGUGCCUGCCAACGGCAAUUCUUUGCCUGACAUUAGCACAUACACCAAGGUCAAUGUUACAUCACCUGACUUCGGACCGAUUUCCAUUGACAAUCCCCUAUACUCCUUCAAGUUCAAGCAUGCUAAGACGGACUCGACCUACGGCAUCUUCAACGAUUGGAACUCCACAUUGCGUUACCCCAACAACAAUCUCCCAGGUGCUUCGACUCGGGACAAGAACUUGAAUGCCGCAUUCACGGUUUUGGAUGAUCAACACGGUCUUCAGGACCAAGUCUACCAUCUCCUGACUAAAUGCAAGGACUAUGGUAUGUUCGCCACUGGUGAUGCUGUGUUCUCCAACGAAGGUUACAGAAGUUCCCUGGAGGUCAUCCACAACACUGUCCACAUGAGAUCCGGAGGUGAUGCUUGGAAGGACGCAUCCGGCAACUGGGUCGUGGGCGGUCACAUGACAUACCUGCCCCUUGCCUCUUACGAUCCGCUCUUCUGGCUCCACCACGCAAACGUCGACCGUAUCUUCGCUCUGUGGCAGGCCAUGAACCCCACCCUCACUUUCAAUGCCAGCCAGAAAGCCGUCGACAACACCUACACUAUCAAGAUCAAUGACCCCAUCGAUAACACCACGAACUUGACACCCUUCCUGAAGGGCGACGGCCAAUACUGGCAACCCAAAGAUGUCGCGGACUACAAGGCUACCUUCAGUUACACCUACCCUGAGUUCCUCACGGGUCUCACCCCCAUUCAACAGAUCAACGCCUUGUAUAGUUCCUCCCGAGGGCCCGUAGUUACAGAGCGCUCCCUUGGCAGCUACGCUCCUGCUGGUAAGGCUGCUGCGCCUUCUGCCAUCGACAAUGCCAAACUGGCCGCCAAUGGCAGUGAAUACCAGUACAGUGCCGAUAUUCAAACUCCACGCUUUGCGCUGCAGAGCUCAUACACCGUGUACAUUUUCCUCGGCGAGCCAGCUUCUGAGGACCCAUCGACUUGGAGUUUCGAUGACAACCAAGUUGGGCCCUUCGGCGUCCUUGCUGGCGUGCCCGGCUCGAACAUGGUCAUGGAAGAAGUCAUCAUUUCUGGAUCCAUCCCGUUGACCCGCAAGCUGCAGAGAAAGCUCGAGUCUGGCGAGCUUAAGAGCAUGGCCCCGACCGACGUCAACCCCUACCUCAAGGCCAACCUCAAAUGGAAGAUCUCGUGGCUGGGCAGUUGCGUCGACCCUACCACUCUCAAGGGUUUCAUCGUCUCUGUUGCUGCCUCCACUGCCACCUUGCCCGCUGAUGACACCGAGGCGCCAGUCUACUCGCCUUCCCACAUCAUCGUCGACGUUACCGCGGGCGUUGCCGGUGGUCUCAAU